AUGGUGUCAACCACCAUCGCCUUUGAAAAGGACAACGUCCAACCUCCAGUAUAUAUUGCUGGUUCGUUCACCGAUUGGGCGCCCAUAGAGAUGAGGUUCGAAUCGACUGCAGCAGACGGCUCUACCAAGAACGUCUUCUCCUAUAAGACCGAACUCGAGCCCGGCGAUUACCAAUACAAAUUUAGGCUGGGUCCUGGUGAUUGGUGGGUCCUAGAUGAAUCAAACCCAACAGCAAACGAUGAACAAGGCAAUAUCAACAAUGUUAUUUCCGUCAAAGCUCAAGUGUCGGGAUCCCCGCCUGAAGAGAUCUCGCGACCCGGUGCUCCGAUUCUCAAUACCAAGGGUGCUCAUAUCAUAGAAGAUGAGCCUGAUCAUCCGAGUGAGGAUCGCCUGCUGCCUCAGCACGAAGCCAUUGAACCUUACCCUCCUGCCGGCGAGGUUAUGUCGAACCUCCUCGACUCUCACCACGCCAAAGACAGCGGCGUGAAGCAGGUUCACUUUGACGAGGCUGCGGGUAAAGUAACCGAAGAUAUUGUCGCCACCAGGAAGGAUUCGAUCCCAGACUUUGCUCCUCCCCCUUACUCGAUCGCUGCAAGCGGGACGAUUCCGCCGCCUGCUGCUGAAGCCGCUAACGCUGUUCCCCCUGAGAAACAGCCAUCUGAGCCAGUUGCCAACAGCAAACCAGGAACCAAAACGAAAUCGUUCAUUUCGCGAAUUUGCACAGCAAGGUAA